UAAAAUACCUGUAUAUUUGCCAUUUCGUAUGAUACGACAACAAAUAACAAAUUGUUAACAUUAACGCAAUAACAUGGGAGCCGGUGUAAUUUUUUCUUUACUUUUUAUUUAUUGUUUUGCACUAGUUGCAGCUAAAGUAGAUCUUACGAACUUCAAUAAGCUUAGCGACCGAUAUUAUUGUUCACAAUCCACAUGGCAAUUUCACGAGGCCUUGUUGGAAUGCAAACAGGCUGGCAUGAAUUUAGUCAGCUUGGAGAACGAAGAAAAACAGUUCGACCUGAUCAAAGUUUUACCGAAUUACAUCCCAACGGGUGGAUUUUGGGUUGGAGGAGCUAGAACGGAUGAUAGGGUCUGGUACUGGGUUGGUAAAAAUUUUACCAAGGUCACGUUUACCAAUUGGGGGACUGGACAACCUACGAACUUCGUAGGUGACUUUUUCGAAUGCAUGAGGCUGGGAAACUACAAUAAAUACGACGAGAAAUACAUGUGGGAAAAUAUCGAUUGUUUUGCGUUUUUGUUUUUCAUUUGUGAAAUGGAUGUUUAAACUUUUAACAAGAAUAUAUACGAACUCUUUAAAUUGCAACUUCUGGAGUGAGAAUCGCCUCUCUUUUUAUUUCGUGUUUGCGUAUGUUCAAAUUAUUACCGAAUGCGGGUUAAGAUUGAUAUUUAAUCCCCUGUACCUAUUUAAAUAAUAAUUAAGAUUAUAUUUAUGGAACAACCAAGUAGAUAUGCCAAUAAUAAACAUUCAAUUGAUUAAAAUCGUAUAGCUACCAAAUAUGUAGAGGCCUUGUUGUUAACACAGGAAUUUUUGAAGCGAAGUUUGAAAUAAAUAUUGAGUUGGCUAUUUAAUAUUUUUGACCAAUAAGUAG